UAUGAAAAUCUAGACGCCUUUUUGUGCUACUUAUUUGAAAUAUCAUUUCCGAAUAAGUUUACCUGGAAGUUUACCGAGAAUAACUACUGUAAUCAAAUCAAUUAUUUGUAUGAGGUGACAAUGGAGUUCGGAGAGUUGGAACGGAACGAGGAUUUGGAGCGUGUUGCGUUCGAAAAGGAUCUUGAAGAAAUUGGAUCUACAAGCAGGAAAGCGCAGAUGAAUGCUGGUACUAAUGAAUGCAACGUGUGCGGCAAGUUGUUUAAAAGAAUGGCAGAAUUGGAAAGACACAUGCGAAGUCACACAGGAGAGAAACCAUUUAAGUGUGAGAUCUGCGAGAAGAAAUUUAGCCAAGAAAGUGUUCUUCGAUUGCACAGAACAAUCCACACCCACAGUGGAGAGCGUCCCCAUGUGUGUGAUAUAUGCGGAGAAUCAUUUAACCUUCUACAAUAUCUCCAAAGACACAGGGAUACCCACAUCAGAGAAAAGCAAUUCGUAUGCGAUGAUUGUGGUAAAAGAUUCUUAAGAAGAAGUGACGUUGAAAGGCAUAAGCGAACACACACAGGAGAGAAACCCUUUGCUUGUGUUUUAUGCGAGAAGAAAUUCAAUCAAGAAGGUAGUCUUAGAAUGCAUUUAAGAGUUCACACUGGCGAGCGACCUUAUACGUGUGAUAUAUGCGGGGGAAGAUAUACAUCAAAUUCAAGUUUCAGAAAACACAGGAAAGAUCUUCACUCGGAAAAUCACGGCGGAGAGAAACCAGAGAAAUUCGAAUGUGAUGAAUGUGGGCGAAAGUUCGCUCGGAGAAGUUCCGUUGAGAGACAUCAGCGCACACACACUGCGGAGAGGCCUUACUCGUGUGAAAAAUGUGGCAAGAAGUUCGCACAAUCUGGUAAUCUUAAUGUACACAUGAAUAUACACACUGGAUUGAAGCCAUACCAAUGCCACAUCUGCCAGCGAACAUUUGGUCAAUACUCAACUCUACGAAACCACAUGUUAGGCAUUCACAAAGAAAGUCUCAAAACCGAGAAGGAAUUAUUGAAGAUGAGUCAUCGCGACGGAGCAGGUCUAACACAGGAUAAACAGAGCAGCAUAACGCAAGUUCCAUGCUCCUCGCAGGAGGCGGCGUUGAACGUUGAAUCUUUUGACGAAACAGAGUCGUCAUUGCACAUUCCAAAGGUAGAACCGGGUUUCCAAAUCGAAUCGAUAAGAUCAAUCGGGCAAAGUGAACUCCAAAACAACCAAUCUUGUUCAAUAGUUACUACAGAAGCAGAAAAUCAUCACGAUAUAGAAGUUGACUCCGUCAAUUUGGUUACCGAGAAAGAAUAUCCAGUGAAAUCUGAAUUAUCGAAGUAAUAGCCGAAAGUAUUCAUUAAUUCAUUGCGAGCUGUUUGAUCUAUAAAUCUAUAAACUAGCAUCUUUUUCCAAUAUAGUUUCAGCAAUGGA